AUGCCAGUGCGUGCUGUGACCACCAGGUUCAUGUACAAGGGACUUUGCACUAUUCCAGAUGUCCUCUCCUACCGGACCCCUGUUAACCUGCCUGAGGAUGAGGUGGAAGAGAUCCGUGAGGCUUUCAAAGUAUUUGACCGAGAUGGGAAUGGCUUUAUCUCAAAGCAGGAGCUGGGGAUGGCCAUGCGCUCUCUGGGCUACAUGCCCAAUGAGGUGGAGCUGGAGGUCAUCAUCCAAAGACUUGACAUGGAUGGGGAUGGUCAGGUCGGCUUUGAAGAAUUUGUCACCUUGCUUGGUCCUAAAUUGUCUGCUGCAGGAAUGCCUGAUAAGUUCAAUGGAGCAGACUUUGAUUCAGUGUUUUGGAAGUGCGAUAUGCAGAAACUGACUGUGGAUGAGCUUAAGAGACUGCUUUAUGAUACCUUCCGUGACCACCUCACUAUGAAAGACAUUGAGAACAUCAUCAUGACUGAGGAGAGCCACCUGAACAGUCCAGAGUCCCAUGUGGACAUUGACACAAGCCCAACACAACAGGAAAAACACACAUGUGUGCGAAAAAGCCUGAUUUGUGCCUUCGCCAUUGCAUUUAUCAUCAGUGUUAUGCUCAUUGCAGCAAAUCAAAUGCUCCGCAGAGGAAUGAAGUAAAUACAUGUUUCCAUCUGAUUGCAGCGAGAUUUAAGGAUGGACACUGAAAAAGCAAACGUUAACCCAAAUACUUUACUGCUUUUUGGUUUUGUUCAAUGUUUUC